UGAGGUGGCCUAGCCCCCGCCUACCGCACUCCGAACCGCGGAGGCGGCGGCGUUGGCGGCGGCCGAUCUCUCCCCACACUGGCCGCGCUUGCUGCCCAGCAGAAGUCGCAGCUGCCAUCAGCUCCAGGCCGGGGCCAUGGGCGCCCUGCGCCAGCCGGGUCAUGAGGACGGAGGCAGAGGCAGCGGGGCAGCCGCUCGAGCCCGGGGACUUUGUGCAGCUGCCUGUGCCCAUCAUCCAGCAACUAUACCACUGGGACUGUGGCCUGGCCUGUUCCAGGAUGGUGCUUCGGUACCUGGGCCAGCUGGACGAUGGGGAGUUUGAAAAUGCCCUGCAUGAGCUGCAGCUGACCAGGAGCAUCUGGACCAUCGACCUGGCCUACCUGAUGCGCCACUUCGGUGUGAGACACCGCUUCUGCACCCAGACUCUGGGUGUUGACAAGGGCUACAAGAACCAGUCCUUCUACAGGAAGCACUUUGACACUGAGGAGACCCGGGUGAACCAGCUGUUUGCACAAGCCAAGGCCUGCAAGGUGUGCGUGGAGAAAUGCACAGUGAGUGUACAGGACAUCCAAGCACACCUGGCGCAGGGCCACGUGGCCAUCGUGUUGGUGAACUCCGGGGUACUGCACUGUGACCUGUGCUCCAGCCCCGUCAAGUAUUGCUGCUUCACUCCCAGUGGCCACCGCUGCUUCUGCCGUACCCCUGACUACCAGGGCCACUUCAUCGUUCUGCGUGGCUACAACAGGGCUACUGGUUGCAUCUUCUAUAACAACCCGGCCUAUGCUGACCGAAUGUGCAGCACCAGCACCAGUAACUUCGAGGAGGCCAGAACCAGCUAUGGCACAGAUGAGGACAUCCUCUUUGUCUACCUGGACAGCUGACAGCAGGAGCCUGGCAUGCCAGGCCCUCAGAACCUGAGUCCUACCCGAGUCAGACCCACUCAGGAUUCCCACACCCGGGGCUGCUGGGGCUCCUUGACAAAGCCUCUGGGAACUCUGUGACUGCUUUGUCCACCAGUGUCAUUAUGCCACUUAUCCCAAACACCUUCUGUUGCUGGAGACAACUCAAGAGCGUCUAAGGGGAGUAUCUUAGGGAGUAUCUCUCAAGACCUUAAGUCUGACUCCAGCUGAGCUCAGAGGAAGGCCUCAAGUCUGACUUGCAAGGAGAGAGGCAGGGACCCUGAGAGAGAAGUUGUUUGGGGAAAGCAAUCCAAUUCCAGGCCGGGCUCUGGGCCAUGGUGGAUGGCAUCACUGCUCUCUCCUGCCGCCAAUAGACUCAGGUCUCUGGGACUGGUUAUGAGGCCUUGUUACCAUGCAGCAUAAGCAUACCUCAUGGCCACUCUGAGGCCCUUUGACCCCUGGGAUGCUGACAGCUUCUUAGCUUCUAGGCACCCUCCCAUAGAAUGGAAAGUCUUUAGGAGUAGGCGGGGUUGAAUGGAUGACAGCAGGGAGGAUGUUCCAGGAAGAGGGCUCUGAGAGCCUCUCCAUUCACCAACUUGACUUCCCACAGCAGCGUCUGCCCUCUAAGUCCAAGAGCUUUCGAGGGUGGGUGCUAGGGGGCCUGUGUGCCUACCACAGCAGUGGCUUCCCAUCCACCCCGGUGUUCACACUGGGAGCAUUUGCACCGAAUCCUGGAUCUCUUCCGUCUUGAAAGGCAAUGCCAAUGUCACGUAGCACUGCAGGUAGCAUCACCUAGAGCUGGGUUGUCUUUUUUUUGUUGUUCUUGGUAGCAAGAAUGUCGUUUUAUUGAGACAGUUUCCACUGUGUGGGGAGUAAGACUAUAAUAGAUACAGGUACUUUGAAACCACUAGCGCUUCUUUACGUAGGCAGAUAGGCCAGUCCAGGUCUUUCUGAAUAAGAUGACUAGCAUGGCCUGGCCAGCAGUCUGAGUGGUGAAGCUGCACCAAAGACACGAGCGAAUGGGCCGUUCCUAAAGAGACUUGGAAGCCCGCUCCUCAUGGUACCCCAGCAGCCUCUCGCCGUCCCCAUGCUCCAGGGGCUUUGGUGUUUGAGUGCUCAAGGCAUGCCGUGGCAGUAGCUGCUUCUCCUACCACCAGCUGGCCCUCACGGGAGUUUGAGGGACAGAGGUGGUUUGUGUUUACAAGGGCAGUCAGACCAGUCACUCAUUAUUUCUCAGUGUGAAGGGAGAUGCUGUUGGCUAGGCAGCCUCUGGCUUUCAGAGACCAGCACUGGUUUCAGUCUGGUCUCACUUCUGUUGCCUUAAUGCUGAGUAACCCAGGGCCCCAAGGAACUCUGGCUCCAAGCUCAGGAGCACCACAUAGCAGCUCUGGGUAUGGGUGUCCUCAGAAGAGGUUCAGAUAUAACUCUUGAGACUAGCGGAGAGGAGAAAGUAAAGCCUUCACAACUGGAUGGGAUGAGGCAUGGCACGCGGGCUCAUGGGCGCUCAUGGGAGGUGGCUUCCAUAGAAGGGAUCUUCCAUAGGAGGUGGAUAUCUUUUUUUUCCAAAUACUUUAUUAAUACAACAUGCAUAAACUAUAAAGGAAUAAGAGGUUUAAAUAUCUGCACUGUAACAAACAGGCGCAGUUGAGCAUCCAGGGUGGAGAGAAGCCUGGAAAGGAGAUGAAUAUCAUAACCAUCUAGGACAUUAAAAAUACUCAGCCGCUGGACCUGGACAAUGGCUUCUCAGGGCAAGGCACAAAUUAGAGGCCAACAGUCUAUAAGAACAACCCGAGAGCUGCUGUCUUCAAGAUCCCCUCCCUGAGGAGGCUCACAGAGGCAGGGUCACAGGCACUCUGGUAUAUUGCACUAGUCACGAAAGCCUUGGCAUCAGCGCCAUGUGACACCCACUGUCGGCUUUGAGGCCACACAGGAACUGUGUGGUGGUGUUCACUCUAGCCACAGGAAGGUGAGAGGGAUCUUUUGCAUAGCAGAGGAUUUUAUACAUAAAUAUAUUUUGUUUGUAAUGAGCCAUUCUCAAUAAAUAUUCUCACUGUA